GUUAAACGUGUGAUACGACUCCACACGUUUUGCUCCCCCAUUGCCACUCACCAUGAAAAUUCCACGUCUCCUUUUUUUCGUCCUUUAUGCACACUUUUCAACCGGGACAGUCGUACUCGAUGCUAGAGCCACUGAGGGCCCAGUACUAAAAGUGGAAGAUUGCUACAUGCUGGAAGAACUGGCAAUCGAUGUAAACAAUUCCCAGUGUGAGUUCAUCAUAAGUAGUACCGACGGACACUUAAGUAGUGUCACGUUCACCAUAGAAGGCGAUUCGCAUGAAGAAAACAUUUUCGAAUUACAGUACAGAUCACCACCUAGUAGUAGUGAUUUAGUUACAUCGAUCUACUUGGUACUGAAACAAGACCAAGUGCUGUUUUACGAAAGCACGAACCAAUUUAACUUCAACGUAAAAGUUGCGGGUGCUAGUGAGAAAGUACCAAUUACAGUCUACGUUUAUAAACCGCCAGCUUGGACCGAUAGUUCAAGUAUUAAACAGAUAGAAGAACAAGAAGAAAAUACGAUUCUUACCAUAUCGGCUGCACCAGGCGAUGGCCACCCUCCCUGUGACAUAGUAAUCGCAGUUAUAGACAGCACAUUUAAUCAAAUAGAGAUAGGUCAAUGGGGGAUGAAUGUCUUAGAAAUUAUAGUUCCAAAAAUCGACAGAGAACAACAAAGCAGUUUUGAAAUCUAUCUAGAGGCGUUUUAUUCUGAGCAACCAAGAGCCUCAGCUGUAAGAACGAUCGGGGUACUAGUUACAGAUGUAGAUGACAAUCCGCCCUUGAUUCAAUUGAACCACAACAAAACCGCCGAAGUCACCGUACUCCUAAAUUCUACUCGUGUAGUUGUCACCUAGUACUACUUCGGUUUUACUGUUCAUCGCACCUGUACAAUGCUGGAGGUACCUUCAAGUUAA